AUGGCUGGAAUAACCUAGGGUGUUUCUACCUGGGUAACACUUGGCAAAGUUUCCCACUUUCCUUGUUCCAUUUCUGAGGGUCCGGCACACUUCUCUUGCCCAGAUCAACUUGACUCUUCAGUACUGUUUUGCACACCCUACUCCGUGGGGGAGUGCAGCAACGUGCCUGUCUUAUGUGGCCUCUAUGGCCACAUUGCUCAGCUGCCAGGGAGAGAGGAAGUUUUCCCCAACUAUCAAAAAAAGGAGAAAAAAUCCCUCUUUUCCCUGUGCUCUUAGCAGCACAGUAGCAAAGGAUAAUCUCCUCUUUGGAUUUUUUGGAGUAGUUUCCAGGAAGAAGUUAACUCUCCUCCUUUAAAUGGAUGACCAUGUUACCAUCAAGAAAAAAUAUCUCCAAAGACCGAUCUUUCGACUAAGAUGUUUAGUAAAGCAGCUGGAAAAAGGUGAUAUCAAUGUCGUGGAUUUAAAGAAGAAUAUUGAAUAUGCAGCAUCUGUCUUGGAAGCCGUUUACAUUGAUGAAACGAGAAAACUGUUGGAUACCGAAGAUGAGCUCUCUGACAUCCAGAUUGAUUCAGUCCCAUCAGAAGUUCGGGAUUGGUUGGCUUCUACCUUCACACGGAAAAUGGGGAUGACAAAGAGGAAACCUGAAGAGAAGCCAAAGUUUCGUAGCAUUGUACAUGCUGUCCAAGCUGGAAUUUUUGUGGACAGGAUGUACAGACGGAGUUCCAGCAUAUCUGGUCUGGCUUACCCAGCAGGUGUCAUCGUAACAUUAAAGGAUGUAGAUAAAUGGUCAUUUGAUGUAUUCGCCCUAAAUGAUGCAAGUGGAGAACACAGUCUGAAGUUUAUGAUAUAUGAACUGUUCACCAGAUAUGACCUGAUCAGCCGCUUCAAGAUUCCUGUUCCUUGUCUAAUUUCCUUUGCGGAAGCCUUAGAAGUUGGUUACAGCAAGUACAAAAAUCCAUAUCAUAAUUUGGUUCAUGCAGCAGAUGUCACUCAAACUGUGCAUUACAUAUUGCUUCAUACAGGUAUCAUGCACUGGCUCAAUGAACUGGAAAUUUUAGCAAUGGUCUUUGCAGCUGCUAUCCAUGAUUAUGAGCAUACGGGGACCACCAACAACUUUCAUAUUCAGACCAGGUCAGACGUUGCAAUUUUAUAUAAUGAUCGUUCUGUCCUGGAAAAUCAUCAUGUGAGUGCAGUGUAUAGGCUUAUGCAAGAGGAAGAAAUGAACAUAUUGGCAAAUUUAUCCAAAGAUGACUGGAGGGAUCUUCGGAACCUGGUUAUCGAGAUGGUUUUAUCUACUGAUAUGUCAGGUCAUUUCCAGCAAAUUAAAACUAUUAGGAGCACUUUGCAGCAGCCAGAGGGGAUAGACAAAGCCAAAGCCAUGUCCCUGAUUCUCCAUGCUGCAGACAUAAGCCAUCCAGCAAAAACCUGGGAACUGCAUCACCGGUGGACCAUGGCCCUGAUGGAAGAAUUUUUUCGACAGGGAGACAAGGAAGCUGAGUUAGGCCUUCCCUUUUCCCCACUUUGUGACCGCAAGUCAACCCUGGUGGCCCAGUCCCAAAUAGGUUUCAUUGAUUUCAUAGUGGAGCCAACGUUUUCUCUUCUCACGGAUUCAACAGAGAAAAUUGUUAUUCCUCUUAUAGAGGAAGCCACAAAAUCUGAAAAUUCUCCCUUUGCAUCAAACAGCUCACCUAACACUGGAUCUUUAAGUAUUGGGGAUGCUCUAAAAAGGUCAACUGUUAGAAGCAACAUAAGUGAUAGGUCUAAUUCCUCAGACUAUUCUCUUGCAACAGUGGACCUGAAGAGCUUUAAGAACAACUUGGUGGACAUCAUCCAACAGAACAAAGAGAGGUGGAAAGAGUUAGCAGCUCAAGGUGAGCCUGAGCUUUGUAAGAACUCAGAAGCUGCAAUAAAUACCACAGAAGAAAAAUGUGAUGUGAUUCACCACCAGUAGGUUUGAGACAUCUUAAAGGCUUCUGAUAUAUUGCAAAUGAGAGGAAAAUCAGAACAGCACAUAAAUGUCCUAAAUCCUCAAAUGGCCGGAAGGCUCUACUCUAAGCAUAUUUUUCGACCCUGCCCUUUUUAAUGGACAAUAAUGGAAGAAAAUCAUGUUAAAAACAUGGAACCCUGAGCUGGUAACUCAGGCCAUUUCGAUAUUCUCAAGGUUUCAGUAACGUUUUCUGAUUAUUGUUAAUGUCAUCGUGUCAUCAUCAUUGUGUUUCCUCUACUGUUUGGCCUUCAAUCAAGCCAGAAAAAAAAGUUGGAUUACUUUUGAAAUUUGUGUUAUUGAAAGCUAUUCUAACUUAGCUGACUGUGAAAUGUGUAUAAAUAUAUGAUGCGUUCAUUCAUUCAUUCAUUCAUUCAUCUAUUCUCUGGUGUACUGUGUUCUGAACAGCUGGCAAUUUCUUUUUUUAAACCUUGUGGGAAAAAAUUAUUUCUGCGGUCUUGGAUGGCAGACCAUUUAGGUUGUCCUUGUUGGAUUUCUAUCAUUGGGAACAAAGUUGGAAAACCCUGAAACUGAAAUCAGAGACUUACGCCAGCAAUGAAUAUACAAAAUUGUCUUGGGCUGCAAAGUAGUGGAGACCUCAUCAUGACUGAGAACUUCUGACAAAGUCAGUGGAACCUUUCUCAGAAACUAACUGGUCAACUUGUAGCUCAUCAUAAUCGUCUAUGUUAUUGUCAUCAAAAUCUUAAGAGCAUGUGAUAUUGAGCUUGGUGAUGUCAACAUCAGUCAAACACAGACCAUACCCACCAUAGGCUUACAGUCUCAAGGAGGAGUCUACAAUCAUUGCUAACAGGAAACUUUGGAACAGAAUUGGGAACUUACCAACUGGAGUGUUGAGCCUGGCAGGGAAGAGAAAAAUAUUGGAUAUCAUUGACGGUCAAAAAAAUAAAAGAUGUGUGUAUAUAAAAAGAAAAUGUAUAUUCAACAAAUGCUGGUUGAAAUGUCCUAUGUGGAAUCCCAAAUAUGUAUGUAUAUACACACGUAUAUGCAUAUACAUAUACAUAUAUAUUUCCCCAAUGCACUAAUCAGAGAAGAACUUCCAGUCUGGUUGUCUCUUAUUCAUCUCCCUCAGUUUGUUCUCAGCGGUGUAAUGAUGUGUGCAUGUACAAGAACUUCUAGGCUGCUCCAAGAUGAAGAAUGUUUUUGUUGAGAACUGAUAGAACGAUUAGUUUGGAUCAGACACUAAAUUUCCAUUGAGAGUUUGAGGUGGACAAGAACUUCAUGGGUUUGAUUUGUCCAUGUUUUUUGCAGAGCACAAAGAUCUGUUGGAAACAUCACCAGAGUCACCAGUCACCAUAGAAUAAGAAAUGAGCCAAUUGUCACAUUAAAACUUAGGAGCUCUGUCUGUCUUUGGGCCUGCUUCGUUUCUGGUUUGUGCAAUGUUAAGCAAUAUUUUUUUAAAAUGGGUAAAACUCUACGCUUGCAAAUAAAGUUUGAGGAACUGUGCCAUUUACAACUUAGAUCACUUUUAAUGUGUAAGCCAUAUCCAAUAUGCAUAUUUCAUAUGCGUAAUUUUAAUGUAUGAAAUAUAUCUGCAUAAGAAGUGUACAAAGUGCAUUUCCAUGUCUUUUGAAUGAAGCCCUUAGUUUUUGUUUAGCCUCAGCCUUUGACACAGCACAGCUGUAUAAGGAAAUUGUAUCAUAGGUGUUACAAUGCACUUGAUAUUUUUAUUUUAAGAGUAAAGAUUGAUCUAUACUGAUAGCGUUGAAGAGAUUAAUUCUAUAUGUGUAUCAUGGCCACUUUCUAUCAUUAAAAAAAUCCAAGUCUU